AUGGACGAAAAUCACAAUAAAAGAAUGAAUAGCUUAAAUUGUAGCGGAGGCGGAGGUGGUGGUGGAGAAGGGAUGUCCGACGUCGUAUUAGGAUGCGUGAUGCCGUACAUACACGACCCACGGGACCGCGACGCUGUUUCGUUAGUUUGCCGGAGAUGGUACGACCUAGAUGCUUUAACACGGAAGCACGUGACAAUAGCUUUUUGUUACAGUACAAGUCCAGAUCGGUUAGGACGUCGUUUUGAGCACCUUGAAUCAUUAAAGCUGAAAGGGAAGCCACGGGCCGCUAUGUUUUUCAAUUUGAUACCGGAGGAUUGGGGAGGGUUUGUGACUCCAUGGGUUAAAGAAAUAGCGGAGAAUUUUAAUUGCUUGAAAUCGCUUCAUUUUAGAAGGAUGAUUGUUAAAGAUUCGGAUCUGGAGUUACUUGCUAGUUCUAGGGGGAAAUUUUUGCAUGUUUUGAAGCUUGACAAGUGCUCUGGGUUUUCCACCGAUGGCCUUUGGCACAUCGGUCGCUCUUGCAGGCAAUUGAGGACAUUAUUUUUGGAAGAGAGUGGAAUAGUUGAGAAAGAUGGUGACUGGCUUCAUGAGCUUGCUACGAACAAUACAGUUCUUGAAACUCUAAACUUUUACAUGACGGAUCUCACCAAAGUCAGAUUGGAAGACCUUGAGCUUCUUGCCAAGAACUGUCGCUCAUUAGUAUCUGUGAAGAUUAGCGACUUUGAAAUCUUGGAACUUGUUGGUUUCUUUUGUGCUGCUUCUGCUAUAGAAGAAUUUUGUGGUGGUUCCUUCAAUGAGCCAGAUCAACCAGGGAAGUACUCUGCUGUCAUAUUCCCCCCAAAAUUGUGCCGUUUGGGUCUCAGCUAUAUGGAGAAGAAUGUAAUGUCUAUAGUCUUCCCUUUUGCAUCCCUGCUCAAAAAGUUGGAUCUCCUCUAUGCAUUGCUUGGCACGGAAGAUCAUUGUGUUUUAGUCCAAAAGUGCCCCAACUUAGAAGUUCUCGAGACAAGAAAUGUUAUUGGAGAUAGAGGGUUGGAAGCUCUUGCCCAGAGUUGUAAGCGACUAAAGCGGCUUAGAAUAGAGCGUGGUGCGGAUGAGCAGGAACUGGAGGAUGUAGAUGGCCGAGUUUCACAGAGAGGAUUAAUUGCCUUGGCUCAGGGCUGUUUAGAACUUGAGUACAUUGCUGUUUAUGUUUCCGAUAUAAGCAAUGCAGCUCUGGAACAUAUGGGUGAAUACUCAAAGAACCUCAAUGAUUUUCGCCUGGUCUUGCUUGAGCAAGAAGAGAGGAUAACUGAUCUGCCGCUUGACAAUGGAGUUCGAGCUCUAUUGAGGGGCUGUGAAAAGAUCCAAAGGUUCGGUCUGUAUCUCCGACAAGGGGGUUUGACUGAUGUGGGUCUUGCAUAUAUUGGACAGUACAGCAGACAUGUGAGAUGGAUGAUUCUGGGCAGUGUUGGGGAGUCUGAUGCAGGGCUUUUGGCAUUUUCUAGAGGCUGUCCUAGUCUGCAAAAACUUGAAAUGAGGGCCUGUUGCUUCACUGAGAGUGCACUGGCUAGAGCUGCCAUGCAACUGACUUCUCUGAGGUACUUGUGGGUGCAUGGUUACAAAGAGACGCCUACCGGUCAUCGUGAUCUUUUAGCAAUGGUUCGCCCAUUUUGGAACAUCGAAUUGAUUCCUUCUAGAAAGGUCGUGGCUGUUAAUAAUGCUGGAGAAAAUAUGGUGACAGAGAAUCCAGCUCACAUACUUGCAUAUUACUCCCUUGAUGGACCAAGAACUGACUUUCCAGAUACUGUGAAACCACUGGAUGCAACAAUGGUAGUUGCUGUGUAG